AUACUAAGUCUUCAUUGUCUCGUGUCCGUCAAUGAGCCGUGGCCGCGGAUAAUAAUUCAACACACCCCAGACCAAUAAUUUUUACAAAAAUGGGUUCCAAAUUGCAAGAGUACAAAGACACUGUAGAGCGUAGCCUAAACGACAAAAGCAAACCUUGGACAAAGUAUUUUGACUUAGCAGAACAAAGGACGGGCGUAAAUAGAGUCUAUCUAUUCGUUGGCUUAGUGGCGUUCACCGGUUUAUAUUUAGUAUUCGGAUUCGGAGCUGAAUUGAUAUGCAAUUCCAUUGGUUUCGUUUACCCCGCCUACAUGUCAAUGAAAGCAUUAGAGUCGCCACAAAAAGAUGACGAUACAAAGUGGCUUACCUACUGGGUUGUCUUCGCUUGCUUCUCAAUAGUGGAAUACUUUUCAGACUUUAUUGUUGGAUGGUUCCCGCUUUACUGGUUGAUCAAGUGUAUCUUCAUAAUCUGGUGCUACCUCCCAACAGACUACAAUGGCUCAUUGAUAAUCUACAACCGCAUCAUUCGCCCCUACUACCACAAGCACCACGCCAGAAUUGAUGAUCUGGCUGCGUCAGAUCCUUUACAUCAGCUUUUUAAGGAAGUAAAUAAGGAUAUUAAUAAAACUGUUAAGUCGAUUAACAAAACACUGAAGAAUACAUUUCAGCAUAAAGAUGAGUAACAGGUAAACAAGAAUAGAGCUGUACAGCACUGAACUUCACGCCUAGUUACAGACGCUGUAAGGAAGAGCAACUAGGAUUAAUUAACUUUACCAUUGAAGGAAAAGUACAAAACAUCAAACACAGCACUAUACAGCACUACGCUUUCAUAUUGAAUCAUUACGUUUUUUCAAUACACUAAAUAAAUUUAUUGAAAAGAAUAUAUUCACAAUGGUACCAUUUCUGAAAUAAUUCCUGUUAUAAUUGAACAUUGCUUGGU